AUGUCGGAAGUUCCACAUACCAGCCAAGUUACCUUUCCGGUGACGUCCCUUUGGGCCAACCGCAAGUGCUUGAUCAUGGCUUGCAUUGUUGCGACCGCCAAUACUCAAUAUGGCUUCGACAGUGCUGCAAUUGGCGCUCUCCAGGCUAUGCCCGGCUUUCUGAAAGUGUUUGGCUUUCCUGAUCCAAGCAGCCCGGGAGGCUAUGGGAUUGACAGCACUUUUCAGCAACUGAUCGGCUCACUCUUGACGCUCGGUGCUUUUCUCUCAUCGAUCCUCGCUGGAGCUUUCGGUGCCUUCUACGGUCGCAAGACAGCCCUUUGGCUGGCUUGCUUCUUGAACUGUGUCGGACUGGCCAUCCAGAUUGGCACUACAAAUAAGGGAGUGAUAUAUCUUGGCCGAAUUGUCCUCGGAUUUUCGAAUGGGUUCCUCGUCACGUUCUCGAACAUCUACACCGCCGAAAUCGCACCAGCUCAUCUCAGAGGAGUUAUGGUGGCCCUUUUUGCCUACUGGGUCAAUAUCGGUGCCAUUCUGGGUACAAUCGUCGACAACUAUACUAAGGAUCGCCUGGACAAAGGUUCUUAUCAGAUUCCGAUUGGAAGUCUUUAUGUUGUGCCAGCCCUUCUGGGGGUUGGACUAUUCUUCGUUCCUGAAACCCCUCGAUGGCUGCUGCAUCAUAAUAAAGAAAGUGAGGCCCGAAAAUCCUUGGAGACACUACGGGCAGACUCGCUGGCUCCGGAGUAUUUCGAACUUGAAUGGGCAGAAAUUAUUCGCGGUGUCGAGGAAGAAAGAAGGAUCGCGAAGUCUGUGGGACUCCUGGAUAUGUUUCGCGGCGCCGACUUGCGGAGGACGCUGUUGUGUUGGGGUACCAUUUUGACACAAGCAGGCAGCGGAUCUUGGUUCCCUAUCGCCUAUCAGACAUAUUUCUUCCAAAUUGCCGGCAUCAAGCAAGCUUUCCAGUACUCAAUCAUGAUCACCUGUAUCGGGUUUGUGGGAGUCAACUGCGGCAUGUACGCCAUGCGCCAUCUGGUGGGGAGAAGAUUCAUCUGCAUCUUUGGGUCGAUCGUGACGAGUCUCUGCUUCCUGGGGAUGGCCAUUGCGCAGAGUGUUUCACCAUUUACCAUCACUACCGGCAAAGUCACGGUGGCAAUGGUUGCAAUUUGGGGUUUCUUCUAUAACGGCUGUGUUGGCGCUGCAACGUAUCCUGUAGCUACGGAGCUGGUGAGCUCCCGUCUCCGUGCGUGGACCGUGGGAUCAGCAACCUCGAUCCAAUACGUUUUUGCGUGGCUCACCAGUUUCUGCACGCCCUAUUUCAUCAACCCCACCGAUCUAAAUUGGGGCCCCAAGUACGGGUACAUCUGGUUCGGGAGCAACAUUGUGUGUGCCAUUUUCUACUUUCUCUGCAUCCCAGAGUUGAAAGGGCGAUCCUUGGAGGAGAUCGACGAACUGUUCGAGAAGCGAGUCGGCGUCUUCAAGUUCAAGACCUAUCAAACGGAGAUCCAAGAAAAGGCGCUGCAUGACGUUCAAGUCAACACUGGCGCUUUCUUGGACAAAAAGCCAGGCUCCUCGGUCACCCAUGUUGAGGAAUCGGUGGAAAAAGUCGAAUGA